AUUGCAUAUAAACAGUACUGUUUUUCUUUGUCUAUAGCUGAUAUGAAGAAAGAAAAGCAGGUUCUUUUCAAUCAAGUGAAAUUAUUAUCUGAGAAAGAUGAGGCUAAAGAGAAAGAGCCUAACGUUGGAGAUCCUGAAAAGAUGAAAGAACCCACUGAGAAAAAAAUAUUACCAAUUGACACACUCCUCUUUGACCAACCGUUAGUAAAAUUCUUUAUACUUAAUAACAGUGCAGUUGCACUAACUCUAUUUUCUCCUAUUCCUCACAGUUGGUUUCAUGCUGAGUUAACUAGGGAAGAUGCUGAAAUGUUGCUGGAUGAUUACCAACACAUUCCAGGAGCUUUUCUUGUCAGAGAAACUACAAGGAGUAUACACUGUGCCAUAUCAUUUAUUUUUCGACGAAUGUGUAAUCAUGUGAUGAUUCAUCAAAAAUUGGAGAGAGAUAACAUGAAGUUUUAUCUUCACCUUGAUUUGAAGUUUGAUUCAAUUAUUGAACUGAUUGAGUAUUAUCGUCAAUAUCCAAUUAUUACUCUAUAUUUCAGUCAAGUGCUCACUAUUGCUGUCCCUAAAAUAGAUGCAUAUGAAGCAAGACCAUGGUUCAAUUAUGUUUCUAAAAUGGAAGCUGAGCUUAUGUUAAAAAGUGAUGUGUCACUUGAUGGUACUUUCUUAGUGCGUCCAUCUAGUCAAGGAUUUGAGGAUGGAAAGGAGGCAUUUGCUAUUACCUUAAGAGCUAAUGAUAAAAUACAUCAUAUCAGAAUUAUUAAGGAUAGGGAGCAGUUCACAAUUGGAGGAGAUACCUUUGACAGCUUAAUAGAAUUGAUAUACUAUUAUAAAUAUCAACCAAUUUAUCAUGGCACUAAGCUUGCACAUCCUAUUAACAAAGAGAUACUAGAGCAGAAAAACCCUCAUUGGCAUCCAUAUGAUUCUAUUAAAGAGCCUCCUGUCACAGUAUGUGCAUCAUACGACUUUAAAGCAACGGGAGCAAAUGAGCUCUCAUUUCAACGCGGAGCCCUUAUCACUAAUGUUGAGAAGAUGGAGGGAGGCUUGUGGAUUGGGGAGUAUAAAGGAUCUAGAGGUUGGUUUCCUGCAAGUUAUGUCAGAGAGAUACAAAUUUCUUAGUUGUCAUUGAACAUUUACAUGCAUAACUUUAUUUUUUGUGAUAUGACUUCUUUUUAUUAUGAAAUUAUGCGCAACCAUUAUUGCAAUUUUAAGCUGAAAA